GUCUGACAAGUGGAUCCAAGAUGGCGUAGAAAGUAAAGCUAGACGUUUUGUCCCUGAGUCAUGGCGGACAGGAGAGCGGAGAAGUCAUGUGAAGAAGCCAGCAGAUCGUUAGUCAGGCGGGAGUACGAGGCGGCAGUCAGCCACAGCACGGACGCCCUGGUGGUCCUUGUGCCCCAAGCCCCAUCCUCUGGUACCCCUGUCCCGCCGAGCCCUCCAUCCCUUGCCACCACCGGACCCCUCCGCAGCCGUGCCCUGCUCUACCGAAUUGCUGCCUUCCUGCAGCUGAAAAACUAUGAUGAAGCAGAUGAAGACUGCAAACAUGUCCUGGUAGAAGAGAUUGCCAGGGGAGACGGUUCACUACAGGCCAGCUUGCGCUCCAUGCUGUUGGAUGGCAGCCUGCAGGAGGUGGCCAGCAUCCUCUCUAAAGCCUUGUAUGGAGAGCCAAUGAACGGCAUUGUCGCAAAAGACCUGACCAGAUUAAAAAUGCUCCUCUCAGAAAUAGAGGCUAUAAAUAGAGACAUGGCACCAGAAUAUACAGAUGACCAGGAGGAAGAGGUUCAAGAUGGCUGGCAGUUCCGGCCUCCUCCCCGAGGAGUCACCAGCAGUGAGGAGUACACCCUCUGUAAAAGGUACUUGGAGCAGGGUCUGUGUCGGUACGGGGCCCAGUGCACGUCAGCCCACUCGCAGGAGGAGCUGAUGGAGUGGCAGAAACGCUAUGCGUCACGCCUCAUCCGCCUCAAACAGCAGCAGGAGAGCAAGCACUUCACCGAAAACUACAUGGAGACCCUGAUAGAGAAGUGGAUGAACUCCCUCUCCCCAGAGAAAGUGCUAAGCGACUGUUUAGAAGGAGUGAUUGUAGAAACCAGCUCCAGCCUCUCUGUUACUGUCACCACCAAAAAAUCCUCUCACUCCUGGGCCUUCUCCUUGUUGUGCAAGCCGGCUAGAAAGCUGUACCGCAUCGCCCUGCUCUAUGAUGCCCACCGACCACAUUUCUUCAUCACAGGCGUGUCAGCUGGGGAGCGGCUCCAAGCUGUUCCCAAAGGCUGCCAAGAGUGGACUCCAGGAGAGGACACAGCAUUGGCAGCCGACAAUGGCCUGGACAACUGUCUCUACAAGGUUGCAGUGAGCUUCAGCACAGAGAUUUUUGGAACCUUCCGACAGACUGUUGUUUUUGACUUCGGUUCAGAACCUGUGCUGAUGCAGCGGAUCAUGGUUGAUGCAGCCUCUAUUGAAGACCUAGAACAUUUGAUGGCAGCCAGGCAGCAGCUCUUGAUUACUGCGAAGCGCUGGGACUCUUCCUGUAAGACCAUCGUAGAGUUCUGUCCUAAUGAGACAAUGGCUGAACUGGAGCGCAGCCUCCUUUCCCGCUAUCAGAUCCCUUUGUCGGCCGACCAGCUCUUCACCCAGUCUGUCCUGGACAAGACUCUGACCAAAGACAACUACCAGGCCCGACUGCAUGACCUGCUCUACAUAGAGGAGAUUGCACAAUACAAGGAAGUUAGCAAGUUUAACAUCAAAGUGAACCUCCAGCUGGUUACCAGCUUUAUGCUGACUGGCAUUUCUGUUGGAGCCAAGUAUGCCCAGAAUGGACAGCUCUUUGCACGCUUCAAACUCACUGAAACACUUUCUGAGGACACGCUGGCUGGACGGCUAGUGAUGACCAAGGUAAAUUCAGUCCUGCUGCUGCCCUUGGGCCGUGAGGGGAUCAACAGCCAGCCGCCUCCUGGGGUCAAAGAGCGCGUUUACGAGGCUGUGAUCGAGGAGAAGACGAAGGAAUACAUCUUCCUGAGGAUCUGCAAGGACUGCUGUGAGGAGCUGGGGCUACAGCCUGACAGAGAAAUACAGGUGGAGCUGCAGUUCCAGCUGAACAGACUGCCACUCUGUGAGAUGCACUAUGCCCUGGAUCGCAUCAAAGAUAACACCAUCCUUUUCCCAGACGUUAGCCUUGUCCCCACGAUCCCCUGGAGCCCCAACAGGCAGUGGGAUGAGCAGCUGGAUCCCCGUCUGAAUGCCAAGCAGAAAGAGGCCAUCCUGGCCAUCACCACACCCAUCUCUAUCCCCCUGCCCCCAAUCCUCAUCAUUGGGCCCUACGGCACCGGCAAGACCUUCACCCUGGCACAGGCUGUCAAACACAUCCUCCGCCAGGACCACAGCAGGGUCCUGAUUUGCACCCACUCCAACAGUGCGGCUGACCUUUACAUUAAGGACUACCUUCAUCCUUACGUUGAAGCGGGCAAUCCACAUGCCAGACCUCUCAGGGUAUACUUCAGGAACCGCUGGGUGAAGACAGUCCACCCAGUGGUCCAGCAGUACUGUCUCAUCUCCAGCACACAGGUCACUUUCCAGAUGCCCACGAGGGAGGACAUCCUCAGGCACCGCGUGGUGGUGGUCACCCUCAGCACCUCCCAAUACCUCUGCCAGCUUGACUUGGAGCCCGGGUUGUUCACUCAUAUCCUGCUGGAUGAAGCAGCCCAGGCCAUGGAGUGUGAAACCAUCAUGCCUUUUGCUCUAGCUAGCAAGACCACCCGCAUCGUGCUUGCUGGGGACCAUAUGCAGCUCAGUCCAUUUGUGUACAGUGAGUUUGCGCGGGAGCGUAACCUGCACGUGUCACUGCUGGACCGUCUGUAUGAGCACUACCCCCCGGAAUUUCCCUGUCGCAUCCUCCUGUGUGAAAACUACCGCUCCCAUGAAGCUAUCAUCAACUACACAUCAGAGUUAUUUUAUGAUGGGAAGUUAAUGGCAAGUGGGAAGCAGCCCUCCCAUAAGGACUUCUACCCUCUGACCUUCUUCACAGCCAGAGGAGAAGAUGUCCAGGAGAAGAACAGCACUGCCUAUUACAACAACGCGGAGGUAUUUGAGAUUGUGGAGCGGGUGGAGGAGCUGCGCAAGAAGUGGCCAGUGGCCUGGGGGAAGCUGGACGAGGGCAGCAUUGGCGUGGUGUCACCAUAUGCUGACCAGGUGUUCCGCAUUCGUGCUGAGCUAAGAAAGAAGAGAAUGCAUGAGGUCAGCGUGGAAAGAGUGCUCAAUGUCCAAGGUAAACAGUUCCGGGUGCUGUUCCUCAGCACGGUGCGGACACGGCAUACCUGCAAGCACAAGCAGACGGCCAUCAAGCGUAAAGAACAGCUAGUUGAGGACUCAACAGAGGACCUUGACUAUGGCUUUCUCUCCAAUUACAAGCUACUCAACACGGCCAUUACCAGAGCCCAAUCUCUGGUUGCAGUCGUGGGAGACCCCAUCGCACUGUGCUCCGUUGGGCGCUGCAGAAAAUUCUGGGAGCACUUUAUCUCCAUCUGCCAUGAAAACUCGAGCCUUCAUGGCAUCACCUUUGAGCAGAUCAAGGCUCAGCUGGAGGCCCUGGAGCUCAAGAAGACCUACGUCCUCAACCCACUGGCCCCAGAGUUCAUCCCACGUGCGCUAAGACCCUUGCAAGGGCACCACUCUUCAUCACAGGCCCUCCAUCCUCACCAUCAUCAACAUCCUCAGCACGCACAGCCUGCCACCAACAAGCAGGGUCCACAGCAGCAGCAGCAGCAGCAACAGCAGCAGCAGUCACCCCCUAAGGGGAAACAUGCAAACCACACAGAGCACCUGCCACCUGACGGAUAUGUCCAACCCAACCCAGCCGUGCUGAUGGGAAACCCUAUUCGGGCAUUCACACCACCCUUGGGUGGCACAGCAGCUGGCAUGGGAAAAUCACCCAGUCCUGUGCAGAGGAUAGAUCCUCAUACAGGCGCCAGUAUCCUCUACGUUCCCGCCGUGUAUGGUGGAAACAUGGUCAUGUCCAUGCCCCUGCCGUUGCCUUGGCCAGGUUACCAGAAUCGCUUUGCUGUGGACCCUCGCAUCAUGAGCCACCCUGCAGCCAUGGCCUACAACUUCAAUCUAUUGCAGGCCCAGAAUCGAGGCUCCCCCAUCCCUUACAGUGGGGUGGGCCACCCCUCUCCUCUCGGCAUGGGCCAGCCUAGCCCUGACAAGGAGCUACAGGCAGACCCCAUCAGAAAUGGUAAAUUAGAAGGAUGUCCAAAGUCAGAACAGAGCCGUCUUCAGACACCAGAGAGGAAAACCACCGACAUGAAGGAAAAACAGGGAGAUUUGGACACAGGGCAAGGUCGAAGUCUUGACUCACAGACAGACGGGCUAGUUGGAUUUCCCAAUGCGCUGCUCCAUCGAAAAGACCCAUCAGCUGCCCAGAGACCCCUCAACUACCACCUGGCACCACCCAACCCAGCUUUUCCUCCACAUCCUGCCAGUGGAAGACCCUUCCCCCCACAGUACCCAGUCUCCAGGCUUCCUUACCGGGUCGGCCAGCCUCAGCACCCAGGGAUGGCCCAACAGAGUCAACAGCAGCAGCAACAGCUCAGUCCUGCCUACACUGGUGGUAGCCACAAUGCUUCCUUCUUCAGUGGCCCCAUACCACCUCACAGGGCUGUCCAGUCUCCCACUUUGGAUGGGCCAGAAUCUGGUGGGCUGGAGGAGAUGAGUAGCUCCAUUAGGACUCCAAUGGGCCACCCAGGAGGCCACCACCCAGGCCUGUCACAGCAUAACAGGGUCAAUAGCUUUGGGGAGGACGGACAGGAUGGAAACCUGGGAGACGGUCUUGACCUCCAGGGUCCCUUGGCUCUAGAGGCCCUGAGCCAGCAGCAGCAGCAGGCAGCCAGGCUGGGCCAGUGGGGAGAGGCAGCGGGCCCUUUCCUCCCAGGCAAUGUCGCCUUCCCUUUGCCUCAACAGCUUGCCCACCUUGCUCAGCCCGGCAUGGCUCGCAUCCCACAUCAACUGCUCCGGGCAGCUAGUUGGGGCCUCAGUGCCAAUAUGGAGGAUGAAGCUGUUUCUUCUGCCUCCACUGGACCACCUUACACCAGGUACCCGGGCCUGUUGAGAGAGAUUCCCCCACAGGAACAGCCUGAACCCAGGGAAGCAGCUGAGAUGCAGCCCCCACCUCAGUCUCGUCUCCUCCAGUACCGUCAGUCCCAGUCCCGUGCCUCAGGUGACCCCUCAUCCUCUUUAGCCACCACCUCGAAUCAUGCUGGCCCUUUCCCAUCAGGACCUUACUCCCAUGACGCCGGUCGCAACCUUCUUAACGACAACCUUCUCAACAACCCAGCUCUGCAGCAGCAGCACCCGGGGAACCCCCUAUACAACACUGGUAGCUACCCACAUCAGCCACCAACUCACUCUGCCAGCCCCCCUCCCUCCCAGGUCAAAUACCUUCUGCAAGAGGCCCAGUGGUCCCAUGGUGGAGCUGCAUCGGUGAGCCCACCACAGCAGAACCACCUGUUAGGGAACCAGGGCCACGGCCUUCCUUACGGACUGCCCAUCAUGGCUCACCCCAGCAGACAGGAGCAAGUCCACCUGAUGCAACUUCACCAUCAGCACCAGCAGCAGCAGCAGCAGCAGCAGCAGCAGCAGCAGCACCACCACCACCACCACCACCAACACCAACAAAGUCAAGGUCCAGACCAGGAGUCUUACCACCCACUGUCCCCCAGAACAUCAGCAGCCACAGCCCUUCACAAUGUAGAUGAGUAUGAACCCAGGGGUCCAGGUCGGCCUCUCUAUCAGCGCCGCAUCUCCUCCAGCUACCCAGAUGAACCGUCUCCAGCCAACACCCACAAUGCCCUAUCCCAGCAGUCCCAGCCCUGUACGUCAGACCCCCAGGACCACCCCCAUCCACACAUACAGCAUCAUCAACAUCCUCACGCCCACUACGUUUAUCCCUCACAUGACCCUUGGCCCAGUAAUGGUGGGGGUCCCGGUCCGUUCCAGAACAUUCCUUGUAACGGAGCCGGCACACUUGCUCAGCACCGGGAAAUUCUGGCUUCCAAAGCCCUUCGUCAGACAGAGGAGCAGGUGAAGGCUGAGGCCACAGCAGCGCAGCAGACGCACCCACACUCCCUCAACUCCCUUCAGCACCUUGGACAGUUUCCUCCUCUCAUGCCCAAUAACAAGCAGCAGCAGCAGCAGCAGCAACAACACCAACAACAACAACAACAACAACAACAACAACAACAACAACAGCAGCAGCAGCAGCAGCAGCAGCAGCAGCAGCAGCAGCAGCAGCCGCAGCCGCCACCGCCGCCGCCACCACCACAGGCUCCCACAGAGCCCAACCAGGGGGCGCCAAAUUUAAACAAACCACCCACCAUGUCGUAUGCGAGCGCCCUCCGUGCUCCACCCAAGCCCCGAGCUGUUCGCCCUGAACAGGUCAAAAAGAACAGCGACCCUCUCUCCCUCCUUCAAGAGCUGAGAAUAGGAAGUUCAAAUGGUAGCAAUGGGUACUAUUCCUACUUUAAAUGAGUGUCACCUCUCCCACAUAAUUAAUAAGUGAUAAGAUUAAAAAAAAAAAAAAAAAAUUAAAAAAAAAAAAAAAAAAAAAAACUAAACAAAAAAAAGCAAAACUGUUUCUAAAAACAAAAAAAAUAGUGCAAAGUGCAUUUAUAAAUUGUUUCUAUCAGUAGGUUUGUUUUAUGCAUUUUGUUUCAUUUUAACUUUUUAUUUGUAAGUCAUCUUUUCUCCUGUUUCACAUAUCUGUGAAGAAAAUAAGUAUAUAUAAUGAAUGCAUUACUGGUAUAUAUACAUACUCAUUAUGUAUAUAUGAAUAUAUACUUAUAUUAUCUACACUUGUAUAUGUACGUAAUGCUAAAAAAAAGUUAUAAAAAAUUAAUAAAAAAGGCGAGACUUGGUUGACCACUUAGCUUCCUGUUUAUUUUUCCUUACUGAAGUUGGUUUUGUUGGUUACUAAAUAAGUAUGUUUAUCAUUUUGUAUUCCUCAGUUUUGAGUGGACGUUACGUCUUGAUUUUCAGACUACUGUAGUUGUGGUAAUGGACAAAAGCUAAGUGGUCAACUGACACAGAAACUACAUGGAACAAUGUAUAGAAGUAGAUAAUUUUCCUCUAAUCUGUACAUAUAAAGAAAAUAAAAGACUGAAUUGUAUGCCACAGACAUGUCCUUAAAUUCCUGUAUCAUGCUAGCAUUUGCAUUAUGAAUUCUUUUCCAUUCGUUGGCUUCUGAUCCUUAAUUCUUAGACAUCUUUACCUGGGAAUCAUCUUCAGUGAUUUAGUAGUUAAUGUGAUUAUUUACUGAAAAAUAACAAUACAAAUAUUGAUAGCAUAUUUUACUUUUCACCAUUGCCUCAUCAGGAACAAUAGAUACAGUGUGAAAAUGUCAAAAUAGCAACAACCAUGUCAUUCCUCCUUUGGUUUGCUUUAUGGAUCAGAGAACACCAGACAUUGCUUUCUGUGAUAAGAUUAUCCCAAACUGCUUCGCUUGUGGCAGGUGCUUAGUCAUUUUAUUUCAUUUUAUUUCUUCCUUUUUUUGUUUGUUUGUUUCAUUUUAUUUCUUCUUUGAGACAGUCAUUACAUUGUGGCAGAGUUACUUCUCAACCCGUUUCAACAGAACCUUCACCAGGGAAAUUGUUUCAAUAACUGCUGGGGAUACAAAAUGUGGUUGUUGUUUUUUUUGUUUGUUUGUUUGUUUGUUUUGUUGCUAAUGGACAUUGAUUUCUUUUCUUUUUUUUUUUUUUUUUUUGAAAUUUCCAGUACUCUGAGGGUUUGUGAAAGUGAAGAGAGAGUGGUGAGGUCAGAGUGGCAUGUCACGAUAGGUAAGUUGAAACUGAGGGUAUGAUCAACACUGCCAGUCAAACAUUUUUGAACACAACAAAGAUUAGUCUUUUUUGGUUAAAUCUUAAGUAUAUUAACUGUAGAAUAUUUACCCUGAAAUUGGAAAAUGUAUAUAAAGAAUAUUGUGGGUGUGAAAUGUUUCUGGCCUUUUUAUUAUUAUUAUUAUUAUUGGAAAUGGUGUAGCUCUUAGACACUAGUGCAAACAGCAUACUGUGAAUUACUUUGACAGUUGAUUGCUACACAUUUCCCCACUUACUACUAGUGUAGAUCCGUUCCAAUUUUCUCUGUAUGACAAUCUUUUAAUACCUGAUUAAUAUGAACCUUAUAGUAAAUAAUAACCAAUCUUGUCUUUCCUGAGUUCAUAUUUGCUCCCAGUUCCACAAAAUACACAGAUAAUUUCCUAUAACAUUCAAAUUGAAAAGCAUCUCCUACUUCUUAAUCGUAUUUUCCAAUUACAGGGCAUUAAACACUCUGCUUGAGAUUUAACCAAAAAAAACAAUAAGCUGUUCAAAAAGGUCUGACUCAUAGCGUGUCUUGUUUUUAGGCUGUGCAUAAUAAGAAUGAAAUGGUAAUGUCGUGGAAGUUAAUCCUAGUCAUUCGAAGAAUUAAACUCCAACUUUUUUUUAGGAUGAUCUGAUUGAUACAAUGACAGCGACAAAAAAGCGCUGACCAUGCCUUUCAUCUGCUCCAGCCACAUAUGUUUUUCUCUAACGUCCCAAAACGCACGAUGAACCUAACACAGGAACAUUCAUGUUUGAAUUCCAGUCAGACAGCUGCUUGUUAUCUGUUGACACACAAAAGGAAGCCACACAGCUAGGUGCACAUGAAUUUCACUGCUGACAUCCUGAAGCCCUGAUGAUUUGAGUCCCAUGCAGGUGAAAUAUAAAAAGAUGCUGACACAGUAUAGCUGCCAAUGUUUUUCCUUUAUGAUAAAAGCAAUACUGGAAAGUGUCAUCCAGUGUUUGUUGCUGUUAUAUGUAAUCCAUUAACUGUUAAAACAUCACUGCCCUAUCUGCAAAUUGGUCUAAUUGUAAUGAAUUCAUCCCGCUGUGUCACGGCUUUCACAUGGCAGUUAGUCACCAUUAAAUCUCUUCAAAUGUCACUUCCCCAGAAAGCUAAUACCCCACAGCUAACUACUAAGAUGUGUUUUGAACAGUCAGCGGAGAGCUUCACACAAGCUAUGGCUUAUUUUUAAGUUGUGACAUUGUAAUUUCAAAGGUCCAGAUUUUUUGACUUAGCAGAGAACAACACAUACUUGUAAAUAUGCAUUUUCUAGGUAUUUACAAACAAGAACUUUGGGAGCGCCUCAAUUUUGUAGAAGCUGUUCAAAGAAGAGGUAUGCCCUUUUUAAUUAUGCAAAUUCACAAAAAAUAAUAAUUCUAGAAAUGGACAACAACAACCCAGCUGGUAGGUGCAACAUGUUGUUGUAACUUUUUAAUUUUUUUUAAGACGGUGUCUGACUGAUUUGACAAAGAGGAGACUUUAUGUUGCAGCUGUUAAAAGAUGACUUCUUUCACUGUACAAUACAUAUUUUUAAGUAUAUGUUGCUGGAUUUGUCCUGUUCUGUUUUCUCACCACGGCUGUGUAACAAUCAACAUGGAUUUUUUUUUUUUUUUUUUUUUUGGUUAAUGUGAAGACUGUUUUUCUUUUCAUGCAUGUUGAGAUGACCUGGCUGGUUUUUAUCCCUGUUUUUAUCAGUUUGUAUUGAUUUGUGGAUGAAAAAAAAAAGAAAAGAAGAAAAAAAAAAAAAAAAGCUUUUGUUCAACCUACAGAGUCAAAUUUUGGUAUAUUAUUUGAUGUGUACAAUAACUUGUGACAUUAUCAACAAAACUAUUAUAAUAAUUUACUAACAUGUCAAUCAAAUAUGUAAUGGUCAUGUAAGUUCUUUUUUUUUCUGCAGUUACUUAGCAGGGCUAAAGCUGAGGUUGCUCCCUGGUGUGUGGUGAAUUUACGAAGCUUUUGGACAUGUUUGUUUGGGGGAAUCCGUUUCCCACAAAUAAGUCGUUGGCUAAUCUCUGAAGUUGUGCAAUACUAAUAUUUCACCGCUUCUUCAGCUACACUUUUAUUUAUUUUUGAAGCAGAAGAGAUUGAGCCAAAGACAUUUUAAAGGGAUUUUUAUUUUGCAAUUUUUCUUUAUUGCUGAUUUGUUUUUAAAGCUUCCUUUUUGUCCUAUCAAACACCUUUAUAUUUCAAAAAAAAAAAAAAAAAAAAAGUUUGACAUGAUCUUUACCUGGAAAUGAAGGGUACUGACUCUUCAAAUGAAGUUGGUUUUGAAAGGUUGUCACCUCCCAAUAUUGCUCCAUAUAUCACCACCUGAAGUUGAUACUUUCUGUGUUACCUUUUAAAGAAAACAGAGCGAAACCAACUUGUGUGUGCGCGUGUGUGUGUGCGCUCGUGUGUGCUCGUGGGGGUGUGUGCGCAUGUGUAUACGUGCGUGUGUGCGUGCGUGUGUGUGUGUGGGUGUGUGUGGCACAUGGAAAGGGAGCAACCUUUUGCCCAGCCAGUAGAGAGCACUGUGUUCAGCCUUCUAUAAACGCCACAUCUCUUCCUGUUAUCUGUUUGCUCUCCUCCGUUCUUCCCUCGCUGCAGUGAAUCAAUGGCACACCUGUUCUCCCAGCCUCCUAGUCCCAUUGGUUCCUCCCUCGUGGGUACAAAAUAAUGAAUAGAUCUGUUUUACUCUUUACUCAUUUCAAUUGGUGGUGGUUAUAAUAAAGGAUUUAGACUGUGUUUCAAAGGUUUAUUUUCUUUUUUAUUUGUUUCUCUAUUAAAGUGUUUUUAUUGAAACUUUU